AUGCCACCACCACCGCCCUCUUACUCCCUCCCCUCCCUCCUCCACCACCUCCGCUCCCACCCCACCUCCUCACACUCCCCACCCUGGUCCCCACCCUCCCACGAACCCCUCUGGAACCCCACCGCCAACCUCCCCCAACACGAACGCUCCCCCCACGAAUUCCCCUUCUGCUCCGACGGCAAGCCCAUCAACCCAGACGACACCGUGGCAAUCUUGAAGCGCAAAGCCCGGCCCAUCCGGUAUUCUAAACACCGUUUCCGAUUCGGCACGUCGGGGGGGGAUUUUAAGAAUGUGUUUGGGAGUUUGGAGUGUUGGAGUGGGAUUUAUGGGGAGGCGGUGGGGGAGUAUGAAAAGUGGUUAAGCAUACGGGAGAGACAUUCCGAGCUCGGAUACAUCAAGGAAUCCGUCCCGCGAACAUCUGGUGUUUCGGGGAAACGGAAGCGAUCAAGACGGGGACGCAGCCUUGAGAGACAUCUCGAGGACACAGAGGCUUCGUUGUCGUCCUCGCAUUUACCAGAGGGCCCAAGGGCGCGGUCAAUGUUGCCAAGCGACCUGCGCAACCUUUUACGGCGAAGACGCUCCCUUGACAGAUAUCUCGAGGAGACGGAGGCUUCGUUCUCGCAUUUGCCAGAGGGCCCGAGGGCGCGCUACAACCUGCGAAGAGACCUGCGCACCAUUUUCCUGGAAGCCGUUCUCGAUAAGAGGCUGCGGCAAGAUCAGAUGGAACGAGCGAUGAAAAAGAUGGUGACGGAGAGGGUGAUGCGCGAGGGGGAUUUGCGGGGGGAGAAGGGGAGGCGGAGGGGGUAUGGAGAGAUUGGGAGGGAAUCUUGCCAUGGUGUUGAUACGUGCGUUGUUGUUUGGCGUUCGGGGCUUGUUGAAAUUGAAGAAGUUCCUUGUGGGUUGAGUCUGGAGGGUGGUUCGGACGGGUAUGAUGGUGAUGUUAGCGGUUGA